AUGAGCAAUCAUCUCGAUAUCAUUCCCCCCAUUCCCGAACAAUCUCACCAGCGCAACCAACAGCUUCCACCAGCGGUUGCCCUCCUCAUAAUUGACUCUCCAUCAUCCUACUUGCGAAGCUCUUAUACUUGGAUUGUCAUCCAGCCAUCGACAUUUACCAUGGACAGCCGUCCCGCCAUGCGCCGCAAAUCCUCGGCCCAGAAUCUCCUCUCGUCGUUCAAGACGCCCAUCAAUGUGCCCUCUACGCCCGUCAUGUCUACCCCCCUUCCGAACAAGGAGUUUGACACCAUGUCGCUGUAUUCUGAAACGACGACGGUAAAUAAUCAACCAGGGACUGCAGGAGCACAAGGGACGUCGGUCGAGUACUUGCGGGAUCUGGUGCAGAAACGAAUCAUCACUCUCACGUACAUUCGCAACAUACACGAAGGUCGCAGCCAUUGGUUCCACACCAUCAUGAUAUCGCGGGCGGAACUGGACAAGGAGUUCAACAACACAGACAUGAAGAAACGAACUUCCCGAUUUACUGUCCUUGGCAUGGCACUAUCCAGUCUUCUCGAUAUACAGCAGCCGCAAGAUCUACUGAAACAGCUCAUCAGCACGCUUCAAGAAUACGAGCAGGCAAAGGAAGACGGGGAUAAAGUCAAGAUCCAAGCCACGACCAAGCGAUUGUUCAGGAACAGGCUAGGGAAACGACCAGGUGUGAUCGGAGACCUUGCAUACGGAGAUGUGUCCGGACUCUAUGCCCCCCACGUACCUUUCGCGCUCGACUACCAUCAGACAUUGCUCUCGCUACUCGACGUGCUAUCGGAGGUCUACAAUAAGAUCUCCAAAAUCUUGGGGCCGUCACCGUUCCCUCAUAACGCGCAGAACAUGAUGGGCCCAUUGGGAUUGCUCGCACCACAUCCAGGCGUUUCCUACCUCUUCUCCCCACCAGAGAGCACCCCCGGCUCGGGACCCUACGCGACACCACAUCAAACGCAUUUUUCGUCCAACACACAUCUCUCUUCGUCCUCGCAUCUCCCAAUGGGGAACGAGGCGGAGAUGGGCAUUGGCAGUCUGUGGAGCAUCGCGAAUGUCAAUACCAGCAGCCACUUGUUUUCGGUCCCGAUGGCUGUUACAUGGUCGCCGGCAUUGGGUGAAAUGGUCCUCAAGAUCGAUGGCAAAUUCAAGAAAAUCACCACGGUCCUUCUCAAAGAGCUCGAUCAGUUUGCUCGUAAUGGGAUUAGGGCCGAGCUCUCAUCAUUAGAUCCUCUGCUCAGGAACAUCAAUAUCCAGGAGGAAGGCGGGAAGACGAUCUAUGACAUCGAGGGCAUGUAACAUCAACCCCCGCUAUCCUAGAUGAGAAGCCAUUGAGAACGGGGAUCAGUUGCUUUCUUCCAGCUUUCCGCCACACGUCGAGUGCCGUCGACUCAUACGGGACCGUUGACGCGCCACUUGUGCUAUCACGAACGCGCAUAGGGCAACAAAGGAGGAAACUGGAUUCAAGCGAAACUAGAGCUAUAGAUCUGUACUAGGCAGAAGCCCGCGCGGGACAUGGAGAUCAAGUCGCCAUCUAUUUGUUGCACUUGCAGUCAUUGGUUUUGCAGCCGCAACUUCGUUCGUCAAUCGCUGAGAGCAGUGCGAAGCCAGUCCACUCACGUCGCGGUGCAGUUGGAACAGGUGUUGGAUCCGCAGGCCAUGGGUGUCGGUAAUGCAGGUAGAUUGGGUCUGUAAAAAUGAGAUAUUGUCUAUGAUUCUGCUGUGUUUUGCGCACGGUUUGGAGGAUGUCGUU